AUGAACAUCGUUGCUUUCUUUCUUCAUGAUUGGAAAGCGAAAAGCGAAGAUCCUAGUGCUCUCGACCUUCAGCAACAGGUCAGUCUGCGGAACUCUGCAGGUGCUACUCAGACACUGUGGGAGGCUUUCAAGAUCCAUAAAGCGUGGUCAAAGAAGUGCAAAAAGCCAAUCGUGAAGCAGACAUGUUCUGUGGCAAUACCAGUCUUGCUUGUUUCAGUAGGCUUCGCCAUUGCCGCGCUGUUUACCUCGCGAGUGGCCAACAAAGCUAACAGCACCGUCGUCGCGCGAGCGCAACCAAACAAUUGCGGAUUCUGGUUCUUUGAUACCAUCGGCAAAUAUGAUCUACCCGCACUUAGCGCGAUGGUAGCAAAAGGGCAAAACGACACCCGUCGGGCCCGCAGCCAUGUCGCCAACUUCUAUGCCAACACUAGCAGUUCGGCAGCUCGAUCAAUAUUUAUCCGGCCAACUCUUCCAUACAAUAUUAGCAGUUCCGCACCUUGCCCUAUCCCGGCCCAUGACCGCUGCAUUUUGGGCCCUAAUAAAGCGUUUAGCAUCACGUCAGCCUUUCUAGACUCACAUGAGAUGCUAGGAAUAAAUGCUAAGUCCGAAGAUCGAGCCAGUAUACAGCUAACCUUGACUUGCUCUCCGGUAUAUACGGACGAACUCGUCCAGGAAACUCGAAAUGAAGGUGGCGCUUUUAUGGAAUCUUUCCUUGGGCCGAUUCAUCCCAUGACGAAUUACACGUAUAGGUACAACAAAGCAAUCGGAAAUAAGACUGGAAUCGGCUAUUUGAUACAGUCCUAUCCUACUUUCGCCAAUAGCAGCUCGUCGAGCAACCCUUUGCUUUGGAAGCCAAUCCCAGAUUUCAGCCCCAUUGACGCCGAUGUCACUGUCCAUUUCUUAAGUCAAAAUAACAUUGCGUACCUGGCUCCAGUUUACGACCCAUGGUUCUCUGCCAACGGGACCUACAAUAUAACUUCACAGGGUAUUACUGUAUAUGGCUCUGACCGCAACGUCGACACCAUGGUUUGCGCCGAUCAAUAUGUUUUGUGCAACCCAUCGAUUGCGUCAUGCACUUCUCCAGCCGGUGUUCUAAACCUGGUAAACAACUUGACGAGUACCACCCUAAACCUUAGUACAACCCAGCUCUCUGCAGCUGAUCGAAUUCUCUAUUCCCUGGCUCAGUCGAAUACAUAUACAACUGUGGCAAACCUCGGUACAGCGGCGCUGUGGGCCAAUAAUAUGGUGACCGGACAUGUCUCUUACGGCCUACCAGAUGAUCAGUGGAAGACUGAGGUGAUUGGCUGGUUUCAGACCAACCUUGCCAUGCUACAGGCGUACGUGGUCGAUUUUGCCUCCAACACAGCUGACUUGGGUCCCUUCGGAUACGUUGAACCGCCUAGGAGUACGUAUCAGCAGGAGCAAUGCACCCAGCAGCUGGUACAGGCCGUCGGCGAGGUGCAAAACUUCAGUGUUUGUGGGAUGUUUAUUAUCGUUUGCGUCAGCGCUGCCCUGGUACUGCUGGAUUGUUCGCUCGAGCGGAUUGUUGAUUUUGUCGACGAUUUCUAUGGGCGAGAUUCAAUGGCUAGGAGGGCCAGACAGGCAGACAAUAAGCUACACCUUUUACGUAUGGCGUUGGGGGGAAACGAGUGGGUGCUUGGGCGAUGGAGCAUCCCGGUGCGAAAUGGUGCUGCAAAGUAUAACAGACCCUCCGGUUCGAAGGACCUUCUCUCCUAUAGAGAUUCUAAGACGGGAGAAGAUACGAGAUUCUUGCAAGUAUGCAAGUGA